CCCCGCCGGCCGGCCCCCCGCCCCAGCCCCGGAGGGAGCUCAUGGGAGUAUGAAGGAGAUGGUAGGAGGCUGCUGCGUAUGUUCGGACGAGAGGGGCUGGGCCGAGAACCCGCUGGUCUACUGUGAUGGGCACGCGUGCAGCGUGGCUGUCCACCAAGCUUGCUAUGGCAUCGUCCAGGUGCCAACGGGACCCUGGUUCUGCCGGAAAUGUGAAUCUCAGGAGCGAGCAGCCAGGGUGAGGUGUGAGCUGUGCCCACACAAAGACGGGGCAUUGAAGAGGACUGAUAAUGGAGGCUGGGCCCAUGUGGUGUGCGCCCUCUACAUCCCAGAGGUACAGUUUGCCAAUGUGCUCACCAUGGAGCCCAUCGUGCUGCAGUAUGUGCCUCAUGAUCGCUUCAACAAGACGUGCUACAUCUGUGAGGAGCAGGGCCGGGAGAGCAAGGCGGCCUCGGGAGCCUGCAUGACCUGUAACCGCCACGGAUGUCGGCAAGCUUUCCAUGUCACCUGUGCCCAAAUGGCAGGCCUGCUGUGUGAGGAGGAAGUGCUAGAGGUGGACAACGUCAAGUACUGUGGCUACUGCAAAUACCACUUCAGCAAAAUGAAGACAUCCCGGCAUACCAGUGGGGGAGGCGGAGGAGCAGGGGGAGGAGGAAGCACAGGGGGCGGUGGCAGUGGUUUUAUUGCUGGCAGGAGAAGCCGGUCAGCCUCUCCAUCCACCCAGCAAGAGAAGCACCCUUCUCACCAUGAAAGAGGCCAGAAGAAGAGUCGAAAGGACAAAGAACGCCUUAAACAGAAGCACAAGAAGCGGCCUGAGUCACCCCCCAGCAUCCUCACCCCGCCUGUGGUCCCCACUGCUGACAAGGUCCCCUCCUCAGCUUCUUCCUCCUCCCACCAUGAGGCCAGCACUCAGGAGACCUCUGAGAGCAGCAGGGACUCCAAGGGGAAAAAGUCUUCCAGCCAUAGCCUGAGUCACAAGGGGAAGAAACUGAGCAGUGGGAAAGGUGUGAGCAGUUUCACCUCCGCCUCCUCCUCCUCCUCUUCCUCCUCCUCCUCUUCCUCCUCCUCUGGGGGGCCCUUCCAGCCUGCAGUCUCGUCCCUGCAGAGCUCCCCUGACUUCUCGGCAUUCCCCAAGCUGGAGCAGCCAGAGGAGGACAAGUACUCCAAGCCUGCAGCCCCCACCCCUUCGGCCCCCCCCUCUCCCUCAGCCCCUGAGCCCCCAAAGGCAGACCUCUUUGAGCAGAAGGUGGUCUUCUCUGGCUUUGGGCCCAUCAUGCGCUUCUCCACCACCACCUCCAGCUCGGCCCGGGCCCGGGCCCCGUCCCCUGGAGACUAUAAGUCUCCCCACGUUUCGGGGUCUGGGGCCUCAGCAGGCACCCACAAGCGGAUGCCCACACUGAGUGCUGCCCCUGCGCCUGCUGAGGAGACCCCUGAGACAGGCCUGAAGGAGAAGAAGCACAAAGCUAGCAAGAGGAGCCGACAUGGACCGGGUCGUCCUAAGGGCAGCCGGAACAAGGAGGGGGCUGGGGGCGUCACCAUUCCCUCCUUGCCCAGUGCCCAGCUGGCUGGCUUUACUGCCACUGCUGCCUCACCCUUCUCCGGAGGUUCCCUGGUCAGCUCUGGCCUGGGUGGUCUGGCCUCCCGCACCUUUGGGCCUUCAGGGAGCCUUCCCAGCCUGAGCCUGGAGUCCCCCCUGCUGGGGGCAGGCAUCUACACCAGUAAUAAGGACCCCAUCUCCCAUGGUGGCAGUGGCGGAAUGCUGCGCGCUGUCUGCAGCACCCCUCUCUCCUCCAGCCUGCUGGGGCCCCCAGGGACCUCGGCCCUGCCCCGCCUCAGCCGCUCCCCAUUCACCAGCACCCUCCCUUCCUCCUCUGCUUCUAUCUCCACCACUCAGGUGUUUUCUCUGGCUGGCUCUACCUUUAGCCUCCCUUCUACCCACAUCUUUGGAACCCCCAUGGGUGCCGUUAACCCCCUCCUCACCCAAGCUGAGAGCAGCCACACAGAGCCAGACCUGGAGGACUGCAGCUUCCGGUGUCGGGGGACCUCCCCCCAGGAGAGUCUGUCUUCCAUGUCCCCCAUCAGCAGCCUUCCGGCACUCUUUGACCAGACAGCGUCUGCACCCUGCGGGGGCGGCCAGUUAGACCCAGCGGCCCCCGGAACGACGAACAUGGAGCAGCUGUUGGAGAAGCAGGGCGACGGCGAGGCCGGUGUCAACAUCGUGGAGAUGCUGAAGGCGCUGCACGCGCUGCAGAAGGAAAACCAGCGGCUUCAGGAGCAGAUCCUGAGCCUGACGGCCAAGAAGGAGCGGCUGCAGAUUCUCAAUGUGCAGCUGUCUGUGCCCUUUCCCGCCCUGCCUGCCGCCCUGCCUGCCGCCAACGGCCCAGUCCCUGGGCCCUAUGGCCUGCCUCCCCAAGCCGGCAGCAGCGAUUCCUUAAGCACCAGCAAGAGCCCCCCAGGGAAGAACAGCCUUGGCCUGGACAACUCUCUGUCCACGUCUUCCGAGGACCCACACUCAGGCUGCCCCAGCCGCAGCAGCUCGUCGCUGUCCUUCCACAGCACGCCCCCACCGCUGCCCCUGCUCCAGCAGAGCCCUGCUACUCUGCCCCUGGCCCUGCCUGGGGCCCCGGCCCCGCUCCCGCCCCAGCCACAGAACGGGCUGGGCCGGGCACCGGGGGCAGCGGGGCUGGGGGCCAUGCCCAUGGCUGAGGGGCUGUUGGGGGGGCUGGCGGGCAGCGGGGCCCUGCCCCUCAAUGGGCUCCUGGGGGGGUUGAAUGGGGCUGCCGCCCCCAACCCUGCGGGCUUGAGCCAGGCUGGCGGGGCCCCCACGCUGCAGCUGCCAGGUUGUCUUAACAGCCUGACAGAGCAGCAGAGACAUCUCCUGCAGCAGCAAGAGCAGCAGCUCCAGCAGCUCCAGCAGCUCCUGGCCUCCCCACAGCUGACCCCGGAACACCAGACUGUUGUCUACCAGAUGAUCCAGCAGAUCCAGCAGAAGCGGGAGCUGCAGCGGCUGCAGAUGGCUGGGGGCUCCCAGCUGCCCAUGGCCAGCCUGCUGGCGGGAAGCUCCACCCCGCUGCUGUCUGCGGGCACCCCUGGCCUGCUGCCUGCGGCCUCCGCCCCCCCACUGCUGCCUGCCGGGGCCCUGGUAGCUCCCUCGCUCGGCAACAACACGAGUCUCAUGGCCGCGGCGGCAGCAGCCGCAGCAGUAGCAGCAGCAGGCGGACCUCCAGUCCUCACGGCCCAGACCAACCCCUUCCUCAGCCUGGCGGGGGCGGAUGGCAGUGGCCCCAAAGGCGGGACCGCUGACAAAGGAACCUCAGCCAACCAGGAAAAAGGCUAAAUCCACCCAGCCCCUCCUGAUCCCCAGAUGAAGGGGGCAGAUCUUGGCCUGAGGGUCCUAGCCUGGAGCAGGCACCUGCAUCCAGACCCUGGAGAGCCCCAGCCCAGAUCCUGUGCUGAGGCCUGGGGAGUGCAGGGUGCACCUGGUGCCGAGGACUGAGCCAGAGAAGGGUGCCCCUUCCACUGGGCCCCCCUCCCUCCGCACUGUCCCCUUUGUGAGGGGCUCAGAGGGAGGACAGGCUCCCAGCCCACCUAGGAGCCCCCACUCUCAGUAAUGCUUUGAGGUCCUCCAAGAGCAAAGUGGGUUAUGGCAUAAGUGGGGGGUUGGUUGGACCCUCCACAGAAAAUGGAUCAGCACUUGAGUGGGGAGAAGUAGGGGGACAGGCUUGGGCCUGUUCGUGCGCGGAAAUCUCUUAGGAAAGAAGGGGUGGCCCUGCUUUACCUGCAGUUUCUUCCUAGCUUGGGCAGAUGGCAGAAGAGAUCCCUGGGACUGUCUCCCUGGUACCCCUCCCCCGCCCCCCCAACAACGGUUACAAGCUGAGCUUGUAAAAGCCCACAGACUAGGGAGCUGAGGAAGGGGCAGCAGGGCCUCAGAUUUAGCCUGAGCCUCCCCACCUGUCGAGAGCCCCCAGGUGACUGGCUGGGGGAGCGCAGGGGGAGGAGGCCCAGCCCCCUGGGGCCCUGCCCCUUGUUUGCACUAUUGGAUUUAGGAGUGCGGAGGGUGGGAAGAUGGAGCUGCCUGACUCAGAGAGCGUGUGUGCUUGUGUGUCCGUGUGUGUGUGUGUGUGUGUGUGUGUGUCUGUCUGUCUGUCUGACUGACUCCCCCUGGGCCUGGGGCCGCCGAGGGCAGGGAUAGGAGCAGUGCUCAGAUGAGGCAGCACCAGAAGGGGGCUCCCAACUUUUGUUUGCACCCUCCCCACCUCACCAACUUUGGUCCCUUUCUGGGGCGUGAAUGGUUAACAAAAACCAGAACAGUACUCCACUAUUGGAGAGUAAUGGGGGCUGGGGGCUUUGAAUCAGGGUAAUAUCCUGCCUUCCCUCCCCCAGACCCCACUUGGCCUCACUGCCCCCUUCAGAGCUCUCAUUCCCCCACUGAUAGCUGGUCCUGCCUCACUGGCACAGGGGGAGUCCCAAGGAUCUGGGGGAUGGGGCAGGGGUGGGGGGUAAAGUGCCACGUCCUUCAGCAGAGAAAACCUCCUUCCCAGGAUUAGCCAGCUUGCUUCCCUGGCACCCUAUUCCCGCCCCGACCAACCAUGGGAGCCAGGAGCCUUCACUUGAGCUGACCUGACAGCCAUCCCUUCCCCCACCAGCUAUUUCCCCAGGGUGGAGGGGGCAGUUCUCACCUAAAAGAGCCCCCACCUGCUCAGAGCCUUUGGUGGCAAAGGCCGAGGGGCCAGUAGGGCAGCCAGGAGAGUGGUGGGGGGAAGCCUGUGUCUCUGUUUCAGUUGCACUGGGGUUGGAGCCAGGAGAAGGCGUUUCCAGCUUUCCCUGAUGCUCAUGUCUCGUCAGUCUUUGCAUGUGUGGAUUUUUUGUGUGUGUUUCUGUUUGGGUUUUUGUUAUUGUUGGUUUUUUUUUUUAAAUAAAGAAAAGAAGAUGUGUAUAUUUUUGGCAACGACAGAAA